AAUUUUCCAAGCUUCGUCGUCUUCGUUUGAUCUUCUUCGUUUACUUGCGUCUUCGUCACCACCCCUCUCUCUCUCUAAAACACGCUCCUUGAAUUUAAUAAAAUAUCAAAUCAAUCAUGUCCGAAUCCAGCUUUACCCAAUAGAGAAAGUGCAUUAUUUGAGAUUUCCUGAGAUCCUCGAAGCUGCAUCUGGAAUUGUCUUCGGGAUGGGUUCAAAGAAUGUUGUUGACAUGAUAGAAACCGCCUCCAAGGUUCAUUAUUCUGGUUUCCACGUGAAUGGGCACAUGAAUGGGUUGGAACCUGUAUCAGUUAAGGAUACCACUUCUGCAUCAGAUGAUAUCCAAAGACAGCCUUUUGUUAUAGGUGUUGCUGGAGGCGCAGCAUCGGGUAAGACUACUGUUUGUGAUAUGAUCAUCCAGCAGCUGCAUGAUCAGCGUGUUGUACUUAUUAACCUGGACUCGUUCUAUCAUAAUCUGACUGAAGAAGAACUUGCUAAAGUUCAUGAAUAUAACUUUGACCAUCCAGACGCAUUUGACACAGAGCAUUUAUUGUCUUGUAUGGAGAAAUUGAGGCAAGGCCAAGCUGUAGAUAUUCCAAAAUAUGAUUUCAAAACUUACAGGAGCAGUGUUUUCAGAAGGGUAAAUCCUACGGAUGUAAUCAUCCUUGAAGGGAUACUUUUAUUCCAUGAUCCACGUGUCAGAAAGUUGAUGAACAUGAAGAUUUUUGUAUGCACAGAUGCUGACGUUCGUUUGGCAAGAAGGAUAAAAAGAGAUACUGUUCAGAAUGGUAGGGAUAUCGGCACAGUACUUGACCAGUAUUCAAAGUUUGUGAAGCCUGCUUUUGAUGACUUCAUUCUUCCGACGAAGAAAUAUGCAGAUAUUAUAAUCCCCCGUGGUGGGGAUAAUCACGUAGCUAUUGACUUAAUUGUGCAACAUAUUUGCACUAAGCUGGGUCAACAUGAUCUCUGUAAAAUAUAUCCUAAUCUCUAUGUUAUACACUCGACAUUUCAGAUAAGAGGGAUGCAUACCCUUAUACGAGAUUCUCAGACAACCAAACAUGAUUUUGUCUUCUAUGCUGAUCGAUUGAUUCGGCUGGUUGUAGAACAUGGUCUUGGACAUCUGCCUUUUACUGAAAUGCAAGUUAUUACUCCUACCGGAUGUGUGUAUUCUGGUGUGGAUUUCUGUAAACGGUUAUGUGGUGUAUCUGUGAUUAGGAGUGGUGAGAGCAUGGAGAAUGCGUUGCGAGCAUGUUGCAAAGGUAUCAAGAUUGGAAAGAUCCUAAUUCACAGAGAAGGCGACAAUGGUCAACAGCUUGUCUAUGAGAAAUUGCCAAACGAUAUCUCGGAGAGACACGUCCUAUUGUUGGAUCCUAUUCUCGGUACAGGAAACUCAGCGGUUCAAGCUAUCAAGCUCCUUAUCAGCAAGGGUGUACCCGAGGGAAACAUCAUAUUUCUAAACCUUAUCUCAGCACCUCAAGGUGUUCAUGUGGUCUGCCAAAAAUUUCCAAGAAUAAAGAUAGUGACAUCAGAAAUCGAAAAUGGGUUAAAUGAAGAGUUUCGUGUUAUUCCUGGUAUGGGCGAGUUUGGGGACAGAUAUUUUGGCACAGACGAUGACUAGGCCAUUGUAGUCCUGCAGCAUUAGUUGUCCCUGCCAACGUCUUGCAUUGCAGUUUAUCGAUGUAUUCAUCGUCCUAUCCACUACAACGGCUACACAAACUAUCAAAGGAAUCACCUUUAACUCUGUUGGUUUUCCGUUUAAACCCUCUCAAGUUUUUGGGAACAGUUUUGAUGUACUUAUAAAUCCCCAAAUGAGGGGUUGAUCGAACCUGGGACUUGGGAUUCGGUGUACCAUAGAUAAUUAUCCUUGGAACUCUUGAUACUACUCCAUCUGGAAAUCUUGUGUACCAUAUAUAAAUAUAUCAUUGGAACUCUUUAUACUA